UUCAUUCUUUUCUGUCCAGUUAUUUUUAUUCGCCUAUCAAUGUUUCAAGCAGGGCCACCCUGCUUUCAAGUAAGCAGUGGUUGCUUUGUUCGUCGUGCAUGGGAAAGAGCAGAGAAGGUUGUUCUCGUACUAAAGUCGUCCUGCCAAGUACAGCCUGGCCUCUGUUGGGGUUCAGCUUUGCAAGUGCGAUCAGUUCUCCCCGCACUAUCAGAGUAUCAGUGAUAAGUCAGUCUCGAUCAUGUGGCAAUGGUGACCGUCUGAGUAGCAAGCUCAACCAUGGAGUUCAGUGCUGAUCAGAGUCCCUCCGGCCUGGAUUACUGGCAGUCAUUGCGUGAACGUUCACACCAGAAGGAGGCGUACAUUGACUACCUGGAGAAUGAGAGGCUGAUGCGUAUCUAUCCACACAUUAAGUCACAAUAUCAUUAUCAAAGUCAUACAGGACGACGUAGGGACAAAGACCCCGUUAUGUCCUACGCAAAGACUAUUGUCGAGUCCCAGGAAAUCAGUCGGCAACUGCACUAUCGGCCGCCCAAGAUGCCCAGACCACGCAACAUUGGUUACGACCAUGCCCAGUUUGACAAGGAGCAGUGUCGGCGCAUGAAAGCCGAGCUGGGUGGUUCAAUGCGAGAGCAAGUGUAUAGCUUGUCAAGUGAUGUCCGUGCAGAGAAAGCCGCUCAAGAAGUACAGGCUAGUGCACCAGGUGCAGCCAGCGGCAUGGCUGUAAAUACGUCGGACCAGCAUGGGCUCUCAGCCAUGCAGCGACAACGUUCUUCCUCCAAACUUCCGCCAAUAGCAGGUGACAUACCAACAGCACUCACAGCUUCAUCGGAGGGCGCCGCCACACUAAGGGAAGCUGCAUCCAAUAAUCCUGCGGUGGUUAUUGGAAAGCACAAAAAAAGCCAAGCAAGAGAAGGUUCACUCUCUUUCUUAAAGCCAUUAACGUUGGACGAAGUUGUGCAGCAAGAAAUGCUUGCAGUCUUGCCAGCUAGGGGCAGUGGUGAAUUUCGACAUGGAGCAGCACCCGUGUGGAGAAACCCAGGCUUUGGCGGAUUAUAAACAGUUUUGUUGGUCAAGGACAUGAGUACCUUGGAAUAGAAUGUUUGCAUGUAUUCGGUCAUAUUUCCAACUUGUGAGGCUCGCCACGCAUUGUUGUGUAUCAUUUACCUUUUGGCUAAAUGUAUCUUCUGAUCAAACAUAUGGUGCUGGUUUCCGUCUCGUCAAUGUACGCAAUGGAAGUGCAGCUGACCCAAUCAGAAGAAAAUCAAUAACCAUGAUCAUGACCCAUGAUAUGUAGUGUGAUAGCCACAUUUGCUUGAUUGCGAUAUUAUUCCAGACGUGCUGCUUGAGGCUCGCUAAUAUAAUACCUGCCUACUGAGAUGGCAUGAAACUUUAAGUUGUGACUGAUCAAGCCAUCUGUUGUUCUGACUAGUGUGUCACGGCUCUACCUUCCCGGUAUCGAGCUCUCUUGGAUUUCUGCUGGAAUUCACAACAGUGUGUAAUACCUGCCUAUGUACGUGUUGACUUGAAUGCUUAGAAAAUACAUUUCUACUUUUUUAGACUCGGAUGGAGAGCCUAGGGUUAAUUUAUAAGAAACUUGUGAAGUACACAUGUUAACUGGUGGUGUUAGUGGAUAUUAUAGUGUCUCCUUAUUUUCUUAUGCCUGCUAAUAAUUAUAAUAAUAAUGUCAUUAUUCAGUACAGUAUGUGGACUAGUUGUGAAUGGUUCUAGUACUGUUUUGUACUCGAAGACUACCUACAAAAUUAAAAGUAAUAAAUUUAAAAGCCUGCGCAGAGCAGGCAAUGAGCAAUGA